ACAACUGAACUGAAAUACACACACAAAACCCCAAACAAGAUAGUAGUAAAUUCUUGAAGCUUCUUCGGUAGAAAAAAAUGGUGGUGAAAGUGUACGGCCCAACCUAUGGUUCUCCGAAAAGGGUGUUGGUGUGUCUCUUUGAAAAAGAAGUUGAGUUUGAAGCUAUUGAUAUCGAUAUCUUCAAGGGAGAGCACAAACAACCCGAUUUCCUCAAACUUCAGCCUUUUGGAGAGCUUCCUCUUGUUCAAGAUGGUGAUUAUACCCUCUAUGAAUCUAGAGCAAUAAUCAGGUACUAUGCAGAAAAGUACAAGAACCAAGGAACUGAUUUAUUAGGAAAGACAAUAGAAGAAAGAGGUCUUGUGGAACAAUGGCUUGAAGUGGAAGCACACAACUUUCACCCAGCAAUCUACAACUUGGUCAUCCAGGUUCUGUUUGCUCCAUUAAAGGGUGCUCCUUCAGACCAAAAACUGAUUGAAGAGAGUGAUGAAAAGCUGAAAAAAGUGUUGGAUGUUUAUGAAGAAAGACUGUCAAAGACAAAGUACUUGGCUGGUGAUUUCUUCAGUCUUGCUGAUCUUAGUCAUCUUGCGUUUGGUCACUAUUUGGUGAAUCAAACUGGAAGAGGAAAUUUGGUUAGGGAGAGGAAACAUGUGAGUGCUUGGUGGGAUGAUAUUAGUAGCAGGCCAUCUUGGAAGAAGGUUCUGGAGUUAUAUAAAUACCCUGUGUAAUGGUUUCGUUUGUGAACAAUGUUCUAAACACCCCUAAUAAGAGACUUGGUUUGAGAAUAAAAUGGAAGCUACUGCAAUGUACUGAUUUCUAGUUUGGUUUGGUCUAGUUAAUAUGUUGUAGGAAGCUCCAAAGAUAUGUAUGGUUUUGUUAAAUUUGGUUUCAGAAAUAAAAUUUGGUGUUUGGUCA